CGGCGAAAGGAAAAACCCUCUCUCUCUCGUCAGCUUCCGAUUCCGUCGCCGGUGCUUGCUCUCCGCUCCGAUGGCUUUCGCGGCGGUUCGGCUUUGCCCCCUGCUUCUGGUGCUCGCGGCGAUCCGGCCGUUCUCGACGGCGCUGAUCACGACGCCCGGCGUUCAACCCAUCUACCCCAAGGCCAUAUCCGAUUUGAAGGAAGCGAUUGUGAAAGGGCUGGGAUUCCAAGCGGAUGAUUUCAAGGUGUCCGGGUUCGACGUUGGGGACGCGCUCGUGGGCCACGCCGUGGCCUAUGAGUUCGACGUGGAGAUUGACGACAAGGUGCUUCCUUUGAAGCUCUUGGAGGAUGUGAACCGGUGGGAGUACGUGGAUUUGCCCAUAUUCCGGGUUGAGGAUGCGGUUGGGGCUAGCGAAGGGAACGCGUUGAUUGAGAAGAGGAAGUUGGACCGUGCCCUGCCCGUACUGGCUCCAUUUCAGCUGGCCGGGCCGAUGGAACUGUGGAUUCAAGAUGCGAAAGACAUGCGGAUCUCGUUGCCACAUGAUGUGGAUGCUGGUGUCCUGAAGAAAGUUAUCUUGGCUGAGGGUGCCGUGGUCACUGUUAAGGGUGCCAGAUCAGUGAGCCUUCGACGACCUGUAGAGCUGCACCUUCCUUUAAAUAGGACCGGUGAUGGGUUUGCCUCUGGUCUUCUUGCUCUUGCUGAACAGCUCCGUCAAGCAUCCCGUGCUCAAGGUGAAUCACUCCUUUCCCUCCGCAUAGUUGGCCCGACCUCGCUUGCCUCACCAUCAUCAUCCUCCACCUCUUCGAGCAACCGGCUCAAGCUCAAGCGCCUUGCACCUGGCCUUGUGGAACUGUCCUCUCCAUCGAAAAGCAAAGCUAUUGAACGCGUCGCUGACAUCGAACCUUCAGAAGAUGCUAUGACCCUGCUAACCCCAAAACAUUUCGCCACCAUGUGGCCAGUUCCCUCGGUCAAUGGUUCCAACUCUAAUCUUCGAGGCUUCGAGGCACUGCUAUCUUCUGUUCUGGGUCCCAAGGCUAACGAGGAAGGUUCCUUCAGGCUACUGAAGGCGGAUGUAUCUGCUCAGACAUUUCUGAAGAUUGGGUUCGGAGUAGAGAGGAGAUUGAAGGCGGGCGAUGGCGAAGUCGAAGGUUUCCCCGUGUGGAGGACGAAGCCUGAAUCAGUGAGCAUGCUCUUUGAGGUGUUGGCCAAAGUCGACGGCGAGAAGAUCGUGCCGGAGAGGGUGAUGCAGGUCAAUCCUGUCAUGGUGGAGGACACGAUAGCCCCGAGCGUGCUCGUGAACAACAUGACCAUGUCGAGGACGCCCAUCGUCCAUCCUCCUUCCAACCCCUUCACCUUAUAAAUUAUAGUCAGGCCUGAGAUAUUUUUUUCAUCAAGGUGCUUGAAGAAGAA